AUGACUUCAUCUUCAUUUGAAUUUGUCAGCGACAAGGUGUCCCAAGGCUUUGAUAGUCUUCCCAGUGAGAGUUUUCGACAAGUGUUAGACUUUCUUAGCAUUGAAGAACGAUUUGCUUUGCUGAGCAGCAAUAAAAAGCUGCUUAGUCGAGAAGCAUUGGCCCCCAUCUUAGUGUCCUACUGUCGGCAGUGUGAUGCGUGUGUGAACAAAACGGAACAUUUAUGUACUUUGAGGUCGAAGUUCGAGACGAUGGACUUCUGGACAGCAGUGCUAAAGUAUUCGAAUCCCACGGGACUUAAAGAAUUGAGACUUGCCAAUUGUGAUGGAUUUGACAUUUCAGUAUUAGAAAGCAAAUAUGCUACGGUGGCUUUUCAAUCGUUAACGGUGCUGGAGCUGAGCAAAUGUGUGUCUAUGGAUUCAAAGGCACAACGGAUAAUUGCCAACAUGUGUACCAACUUAAGAGAGCUAAGACUAAGAGAUAUGGCCGUUGAUCGUUUGGCAUUGAAGAAGCUGUUGACGAACAAUGCAGCGACGCUACGCGUCGUCGAUUUGCUUGGCUGCCAUACAGUAAAUGGUGAAGAUAUUUGUACGCUCAUUCAGUGUACUCAGCUUCAAGAUCUAAGCCUUUGGGGCUGUCAUAACGUCGACAAUGCUUCGAUCAUUUAUGUCGUGCAGCAUUGCCGUUGGCUGGAAAGACUGAAUCUACGUUACGCACACAAAGUAGACGAUAAUGUUGUUUCGGCGAUCGCCAUGAAUCUACAGCACUUGAAAGAUUUGAACUUGCGCUACUGCUACAAAGUAUCAGAUAAAGGUGUUAAGAUGCUUUGUGAAUCACUGCCAGGUCUACGUUCACUAAACCUGUCGCAAUGCUCGCGUCUUACUGAUACCGCGAUUAUGCAGGUGGCUACUUCGAUGACGCAUUUGAAAGAGCUUCGCCUCUGGGGUUGUAUGAAACUCACAUCGCACUCGGUUUUGUUUAUAUCAAAUGGACUGCCUGAGCUUACACUGCUGGAUCUGCGCAGUCGUGAUAAGUUAGAAGCCGUCAUAGGUGGGCCAACGGCGCUAAAAUUUCUAAUCCAGACAUAUCGCAGUAAAUUGGCGAGAUGGGAACAGGCACAAGGUGAACAAACAGGCGUAUUUAAACGUCUCAAUAUGGUUGCUGUUGCUGCUUGA